AUGCUCACGAAGAAGAUGACAAUGAUGAGAGCAGUUGUUUUUGUGAUCCUCUGCGUCCUCACCGCCACCACCGCAGAUGAAAUCCCAUCUGUAAUUAGAACCCGAAUCCGGCCGUCUAAGCCUCUUCCAUCCUUCAAGGUCAACACAACCCAGCCGGCGGUGAAUCAGGGAAGCUGUGCUUUUACAAUUUCUGUUAGGACAAGCUGCCAAUCUGUCCGCUAUACACGGGAUCGUAUCAGUAUCGCUUUCGGCGAUGCCUAUGGCAAUCAGGUUUAUGCACCGAGAUUAGAUGAUCCGAGGUCGAGAACAUUCGAGAGUUGUUCAACAGACACGUUCCAGGUUUACGGUCCUUGCACGUACCAGAUAUGCUAUCUCUAUCUGUACAGGAGUGGACGUGAUGGGUGGAGACCUUAUGAUGUCACCAUUUAUGGUUCUAACACAAGGCCAGUGACCUUCCAUUACGAUGAUUAUAUCCCCAGAGAUACUUGGUUUGGCUUUAACUACUGCUCCCGCUAUUCUUCUGCUGCUAAAUCUGCAAUGUAG